CCUUCUCUUAUCACUCUGCGUCACCACCCUCUCUUGCCUGUGAGUUGCUUCAAUAUAGUCCUAUUUAACUCCUUUAUAUAUUCCUUUUACCUGUGUUCUGCUUCAUAUACUUGCCAUAUCAAGCUAAACUAAAGGAAAACAUAGAAACACAGCGGAAGCAUAAAAAUUUCAUCAAAAGCCAUGAAAGGUUCUGUUUGUGUUGCUCUAUUAGUCAUUGCUCUUCUCUCUCUUCCUGCUGUAAUAUCUUCAAGGCACAUUGGCGGGCCACGGACACAACGUGGGCAUCACCAUUCUUCACAGCCUAGGACACAAGAUGUGGUCGUGGCAAAUCCAAGUUUCUACAGGGAAAUGAGGCCAACAAAGAGAAGAGGACCUGACACAGUCCAGAUUGCAGGGUCAAGACUUCCUGAUUGUUCCCAUGCAUGUGGGUCAUGCCGCCCAUGUAGGCUUGUAAGGGAGAGCUUUUUCUGUGCAUCACUUGCAGAGGCUGAGACUUGUCCUAUGGCUUAUAAGUGCAUGUGUAAAAACAAGUCUUAUCCUGUACCAUGAUCUUUAGUUAACUAAUUAUCUAUAUCAUCUCUUUUUAAUAUAGGCUUGAUUACUGUAAGUAUAGUAGGUUAUUAGGAUUUAGGAAUCCAUUUUUUUUUUUUUAAACCUAGCUUGUACUGGAAGCGUGGCUUUCUUUGUGUAAUCAUAGAGUUUCUGUUCGUUGUUUUAUCAACUUUUUUUUUUUUAAUUUUUUGAUCUUUUAAGGUGUGGUAUUAUAAAUUAAUAUACGAGAAU